UCGACCCAGAGGAAGAGAAAACCUACUUAUAAGGGCAGCUAGCCGCCCGGUAAAGGCAGCAGCAGCACCCUCCUCCAACCAGCAGGAGCAGAGAAGAAGAAGCAAAGUGCGCAUCUUGCUCCUUGGCCGAAGCAGCUACCAACCUAGCUGCCGCAGCCCGGAGCACGCAGACGCCGUCGUCGAUCGCCGGGGUAUGGCGCCGGUGGGUCUGCCGCCGGGUUUCCGGUUCCACCCGACGGACGAGGAGCUGGUGAACUACUACCUGAAGCGCAAGAUCCACGGGCUCCACAUCGAGCUCGACAUCAUCCCGGAGGUGGACCUCUACAAGUGCGAGCCAUGGGACCUCGCAGAGAAGUCGUUUUUGCCGAGCCGUGACCCGGAGUGGUACUUCUUCGGGCCGAGGGACCGCAAGUACCCCAACGGCUUCCGGACCAACCGGGCGACGCGGGCAGGGUACUGGAAGUCCACCGGCAAGGACCGGCGCGUCAUGACGCAGCAGCACCACGGCGGCGGCGCCCGGGCAAUCGGGAUGAAGAAGACGCUGGUAUACUACCGCGGACGCGCGCCGCAGGGGGUGCGCACCGAUUGGGUGAUGCACGAGUACCGCCUCGACGACAAGGACUCCGAGGACACCAUCGCCAUCCAGGAUACCUACGCGCUGUGCCGGGUCUUCAAGAAGAACGCCAUCUGCGCCGAGGUGGAGGAGCUGCAGGAGGGGCAGUGCAGCAUGGCACUGCUCGAGGGCGCCUGCCAGCAGCUGCUCGCCAGCAGCCGCACUGCCGGACAGGAGUACUACCAGACCCCGUCGCCCGACGUGCCCGCAGGGUCCACCUCCGGCGGUGCUGACGCCGACGCAGACGACGAGGCAGACAAGGACGACUCCUGGAUGCAGUUCAUCUCCGAGGACGCCUGGUGCUCCAGCACCGCCGCCGAGGAGAGCACCUCCUGCGCCGGCUGAUCAUGCAUGCGGCCGGAGAGCUUCUUCUGUCGGUGGAAAUAAUCCUCCUGAUAUAUAUACCUAUAUAUUUUUUCCUUUUUCUUUUUGUGAUCGGUGCUGCUGGCAAUUUAUCAAUAAUCACCGAGUGUUGAAGGUGAAAGAUUAAGCAGUAAUAAGGUAUAUAUAAUCCUUUUGGGUUCCAUCUUCCAGCGUAUUGCUGGGAGUUUGGGUAACCGAUCGAUCGAUGCUGGCCUCAAGGUGAAGGCUGUAAUCCUUCCUGGAGAUGAACUCAUAAGGAGGAUUUAUAUUUAUAUGAUGAUGAUAGGAACAAUCAGACUUCAUUUGUGUUUUCUUCGUCUUCUGUUC